UUGUCCUCUCGCUCACUGUCUCAAGGCGAGAUGGCGUCCAACCUCAAACUCCUCGUCUGCUUUGCGCUAUUUUUGCUCGCCUUCGCAAAUCCUAUGGCCUGCAGAACGAAAAUACACGAGGCCAUAGAGAGCAUUCCGGCCGGCUAUGUUCGCGUUGGCUCUGCUCUUUCAGAUACUGAGCUGAAGCUGCGCAUUGCGCUCGCGCAAAGAGACCCUGAGGGGCUCAUAGACGCGCUGUACGACGUCAGCAUGCCAGGCAGCUUGUCCUAUGGCAAGCACCUCAGCAAGGAAGAGGUCGAGCAGUUUGUUACGCCGACUGCACAAACCUCCGAUGUCGUCAACGCCUGGCUCUCCCAGGCUGGCGUGAAUGCGACCUCGAUCUCGCCUGCCGGUGACUGGCUCAGCAUCACUGUCCCUGUUGGUCAGGCAAAUGAGUUGUUCAACGCCGAUUUCGCCGUCUACACCCACUCUAAUACCGGCAAGCAGACAAUUCGCACGACGAGCUACUCAAUUCCCGUCGAACUUGAAGGGCAUCUCGACUUCGUCUAUCCCACGAUCACGUUCCCGAACCCCAUUUCCCCUCGCCCCGUCGUCUCGACACCGUUCGCCCUCAAACGUCGCGGUGUUAAUCCCCCAGCCCCUUGUUCAACCUUGGCGGUCACACCCACCUGCGUCGAGUUUUUGUACGAUAUCCCUGCCACUAAGGCGAAUCAGAGCUCAAACAAGCUCGCUGUCAGCGGCUUCGACAAUUUGUUCGCCAACCGUGCCGAUCUGCAGCUUUUCCUGGAAGAAUUCCAACCCAAGCUUGCCGGGGAGACAUUUUCUGUUGAGACCAUCGAUGGCGGCCGCAACUCGCAGAACAGGAGCGAGGCCGGCGUUGAGGCGAAUCUUGAUAUCCAGUACGCCAUCAGCACGAGCCACGGCGUGCCAGCAACCUUCAUUUCUGUUGGCGAGGAAAAUCUCGACGGUGACCUUAGCGGCUUCCUGGACAUCAUCAACCUCCUCCUCGGCAAAUCCAACCCGCCACAGGUCUUGACAACCAGCUACGGCGACAACGAGAGCGAGACCCCUCGCCCGCUUUUUGCCAAACUUUGCAACGCCUACGCUCAACUCGGCGCCCGCGGUACCUCCAUCCUCUUUGCCUCCGGUGAUGGCGGUGUCUCAGGCUACCAGCAUGGCUUGCCGCCUGAUAGCUGUACCGACUUUGUUCCCACCUUCCCGUCUGGGUGCCCAUUCGUGACCAUUGUUGGUGGCACCCAAGUCGUCUCCUCGAAUGGCGGCGAGACUGCCGGAGGCUUCUCCUCCGGUGGCUUCUCCAACUACUCCAGCAGGCCGCCAUACCAGGCCGCCGCCGUCGAGUCCUACCUCUUCUCCAUCGGUUCGAUGAACAGGGGCUUGUUCAACGCCUCGGGGCGCGGGUACCCGGAUGUCGCGGCGGUCGGAAUCAACGUUACCAUCGUCGUUAACGGCACGGUUCAGACAAUAAACGGCACGAGCUGUGCGAGCCCCAUCUUCGCGGGAAUGGUCGCGCUCAUCAAUGACGCGCUCAUCGCCGCCAACAAGAGCACCCUCGGCUUCCUCAACCCAUUCCUGUACAAGCAUCCUCAUGCGUUUCAUGACAUCACGACCGGUAGCAACCCUGGGUGCAACACGAAUGGCUUCCCAGCUCUGGAGGGCUGGGACCCUGUCACUGGCCUGGGCACCCCGGACUUCGUGGCGCUGCAGGCGGCGGCUCUGAAGGCGGCUGGGGUUUCGUACACCUAUCCAACCCAGAUGGAGGAUACGGCGCAGAACGUGCUCUCUGCGUAGAUUAUUUCAUGGCUUCACAGCUAUUAUCUCAGGGAUGACAGACAGCGACAAAUUUUCGGGACUCGUUAUUCGAAACUUCGCGUGUACCAGUGCUAGUGUCAUGAGACGGGUGCGAUCAGGCCGACUGCUUGGAAGAGGCCGCGUAGAUCAGCCUCAAUGAUCUG